CGCAGACGUGUUCAUCGUCUUCACAGGUUUCAGGUACUUAAAUCAUCAUCAUCGUCUUCCUCUUUCCCUCUUCCUCUUCCUCUUCCCCUCCCUCUCCCUCCCUCUCUCACAGGGUUUCAAGGUCUCCAAUCUCUUCUUCAAUUCCCUUCGCCCUCUCGGAUCUCCCGUAAUUCCGAUUAUUAGGGUUUCUUUGGGCUGGCUCAGAAGAUCUGCGACUUUUUUCUAGGCUCUGAUCUCGCCCCUUGCUAAUUGGAUUUGGAAACCUAGGCACUUCUCCUUGUGAAUUCGGAUGCGAGAAGGCCGACUUUGGCCGGGAUCUGAAGUCGGGGGUUGAAUUGGAAUUUGUUCGGAUGAGAGAUUGAUUUUGUUUUUAUUGUGGUUGUUGGCGAUGGAUGUGGAUUUCAAUGGGAAUGUGGCGUGUCUCGACGCCGAAUUGUUGCAGCUUCCGGAGGUGUCUCCCUUGGCCCUCAAAUCAUACCCUUACGUCGCCGAGAAGCUGUUUGACCAAUGGCUUUCGCUCCCGGAGACCGCUUCGCUGGUGAAAUCAUUACUUAACAAUGCCAAGACGGGUCUUCCAUUAAAUGUCUCUGGAACUUCUAGCCCAAAGGCUUCAAGCAAUUCACUGCCCUCCAUGUUUUCUGCUGGCAGUACACCUCCACUUUCACCAAGAAGUUCGUCUGGUUCUCCUCGUACUUUGAAACAGAGAGUAGGCCCAUCUACACUAGGUUCCCCUUUAAAAUUAGUGAGUGAACCAGUAAAAGAAUUGAUACCUCAGUUCUACUUUCAAAAUGGUCGUCCAGCUCCAAAUGAACUAAAAGAGCGAUGCCUCUUCAGAAUCAAUCAAUUUUUCUAUGGUCAUAUGGAUGGGUUACAAAUCCAUGAAUUUAAACCAGUUACAAAGGAGAUCUGCAAGCUGCCCUCAUUCUUCUCCGCUGCCUUAUUUAGAAAGAUUGAUGUUGGUUGCACAGGAGUUGUAACAAGGGAUGCUUUUGUUGAUUAUUGGGUCAAUAGCAACAUGUUGACAAAGGAUAUAGCAACCCAAGUAUUUGCAAUCUUAAAGCAGCCAGAUCAUAAGUACCUCACUCAGGAUGACUUCAAAACUGUGCUUCGAGAGCUUUUGGCUACCCAUCCAGGGCUGGAAUUCUUACAGAGCACACCAGAGUUUCAGGAGAGAUAUGCUGAAACUGUAAUAUACAGAAUAUUUUACUACAUGAAUAGAUCGGGUAAUGGUCAUCUUACCCUCAGGGAGCUGAAACGUGGAGACCUAAUUGCUGCAAUGCAUCAUGCUGAUGAGGAGGAAGACAUAAAUAAAGUUUUGAGAUACUUCUCUUAUGAACACUUCUACGUGGUAUACUGCAAGUUCUGGGAGCUGGAUACAGAUCAUGAUUUCUUUAUUGAUAAAGAAAACCUUAUCCGAUAUGGUAACCAUGCCCUUACCUACAGGAUUGUUGAUAGAAUAUUUUCCCAGGUACCAAGAAAGUUUGCUAGUAAGGUUGAAGGCAAGAUGGGAUAUGAAGAUUUUGUUUACUUCAUACUAUCGGAAGAGGAUAAAUCAUCUGAGCCUAGUCUUGAGUACUGGUUCAAGUGCAUAGAUUUGGAUGGAAAUGGAGUUCUGACAAGAAAUGAAAUGCAAUACUUUUACGAAGAGCAGUUACAUCGAAUGGAAUGCAUGGCCCAGGAACCUGUGCUCUUUGAGGAUAUAUUAUGUCAGAUAGUUGACAUGAUUGGACCAGAGAAUGAAAGCUAUUUGACGCUACGUGAUUUAAAAGGCACUAGACUUUCUGGAAGCGUAUUCAAUAUUCUUUUUAACCUUAACAAAUUCAUGGCUUUUGAAACUCGUGAUCCAUUUUUAAUUCGUCAGGAGCGGGAGAAUCCAAGCUUAACCGAAUGGGAUCGUUUUGCACACAGGGAAUAUAUUAGACUUUCCAUGGAAGAAGAUGCUGAGGAUGCCUCCAAUGGAAGUGGAGAUGUUUGGGAUGAAUCACUUGAGGCCCCCUUUUGAGUUCCUGUUGCUGCUUAUGAGGAAGCUAUGAAUAUCAUGUCAAGCUGGCUCGCUGACAGGAGAAGGAUGAUUUUAGUUGAUUAGCGAUUCAAUGUGCUUGGCAGGCAGGCAGGCAGGCAUUGAGAGAUUUGAGGUUGGCAUAGUGAAGUUUGUAUUCGAAGCUUAUAGCACAGAAGAGUCCUCCUUUCACCAAGCAAAUGCAUUAAGAAAUGAUGGCAGCGAGAGACGGGAGCAGCAGCAGCAGCAGCAUUUAGAAUGCUAAUUGUGCAGGUGGGAGGGCUAAUUGAUGCAGGUGGUGAGCCAGAAACAGUUGACAAUAGUUCAUAACUACUGUUGGUACUAUUUUUGUUUGAUUUUUAGUUGUAAGAUAUAAGUUUUGUUUUUUGUUUCUCUAUUUUUGGUAUUCUGUAAGAAUGAUGUUUGAAAUCGUUUACCUUCUUAUGAACGGGGCCCCAAUUUGGUGGGUGGGUCUGUGGGUUGCUGCUCUUCCUUCAGUAGCGUGGACGGGAGGGUAUGUUUGGAAAUGUUAACUGAGAUAAUAAAUAAUUAAAUUAAAGAAAAUUUCUAAUUUGCGGUUA